UCACGUGCUCCUCUGCUGCCAUGGAGGUGGGUUGCCUCCCCGUGGAGCUGUGGAGGGUGAUCUUGGCCUAUCUCCCCCUCCCAGACCUGGGCCGCUGCUGCCAGGUGUGCCGUGCCUGGCGGGAGCUCAUCCUCUCUCUGGACAACACCCGCUGGAGGCAGCUCUGCCUGGGUUGCCCCGAGUGCCGGCAUCCCAACUGGCCCAGCCAGCCCCACCUGGAGCCGCCGUCCUGGAGGGAGGCGCUGAAGCAGCACGCCCUGUCGGCCCGCACCUGGACCCGGAAUGGGCCGGAGCUCCAGUCCUCCGCCUGCCUCUUCUUCUUCCGCCGGAGAAAAGACCGCCGGGUCUGGCACGUGGGGCCCGGCUGCGAGUUUGAGACCUUACGAGGGGUGCUUGGGGCGGUGGGACCGUAUGACCGCGUGGUUCUCCAUCCGGGGGUGUACGAAGAGCAGGCCGAAGUGACGCUGAAAGUGCCCGUGGAGCUCGUCGGUCUGGGCCAACUGGGCGAGGUGGCCCUUCUAGUGUGUAUGGAGCAGCAGUGCCCGACCGCCAGGUUGUGUAACCUGGUGUUCAUGCCACCCUGGUUCUCCACCGUUGUGUACAAGACAUCCUGGGGUCACAUUCAGCUCGAUAACUGCAACUUUGAGGGGGCCCAGCUGCAAAUCCGUGGCCCCGGCACCUGCCAGGCUCGUUUCUGCUCCUUCUCACAAGGCAGCUCUGCCCACUUGCUGGGUGUCGUCCUCAGUCUGUUGGACAGCUGUGAUUUCUCAGGGAGCGACACAGCUUCUGUCACCGUGGAAGGUCCCCCGGUGUCAGAAAGGAACUGGGCUUGUAAACACUUGGCUGCCCUCGCCAAGACCUUCCCAUCGGAUUCUUUGUGCUCUCCCAAAGGCCCCCAUGCCGCCCCCGCGGGCGAGCCGGACCCCCCGCGUGGAAUCGUCAACAAGGAGCACGCACGCAUGGAGGACUGGAAGACGAGGACUGGUGGGGAGGCGGGUUGUCAGGGCACACUGAUUGAAGACGGGUGGAGCGAUGGGGAGCGCAGCGAGGGCGAGGAGGAAAACCGCCACGGAGAGGGAGCAGACAACGCUGAGAAAGAAUUGAUGUGGGAUUACAAAAUCCCCUGCGGCCACCACGGCCUGUCCCAUUUGCUCAGGCCCCGGGCGGAUGGCUCCCUGCCGCUCGCGUCCUCCCCCGACCCACCAUCUGCAACCCCUCAGCCCCUCACCCUUCUGCAGGAAUUGGAGCAGGACCCCGAUGCAGCGUUACUGUGGACGUCCGCCCUCGGCUGCAUCCUCAGACGCUGCCUCUUCCGAGACGGGAAAGGCGGCGUCCACGUGUCUAACUACGGCCAGGUUCGUCUGGAAGACAACAUAUUCCGCGGGCUGAACUACGCCGUCCGCUGCAUCCAGAACUCCACGAUUGUGAUGCUGAGAAACGAGGUGUGUGAGUGCCGGGCCUCAGGCGUGUUUCUGCGCCUGUCCGCUCGGGGCCUCAUCGCAGAAAAUAACAUCCACUCCAACGGGGAGGCGGGCCUGGACAUCCGAAAAGGAGCUAACCCCACCAUCCUGUGCAACAGAAUUCAUGGCGGUCUUCGUUCCGGGAUCGUUGUUCUUGGCAACGGGAAGGGUUCCAUUCGGAGCAACCUGAUCUACAACAACAAGGAAGCCGGUGUUUAUAUUCUCUUCAGUGGGAACCCUGUGGUGAGCGGUAAUCACAUCUUCCAGGGCCAGGCAGCAGGGAUUGCCAUAAAUGAGAAUGGCAGAGGGGUGAUAACAGAGAACGUGAUCAGGGAGAACCAAUGGGGGGGCGUGGACAUCCGCAGAGGAGGCGACCCCAUCUUGAGGAACAAUUACAUCUGCCACGGCUACUCAGACGGAGUGGUGGUGGGAGAAAGGGGGCGCGGCCUCAUUGAGGGAAACCACGUCUACUGUAGAGUGGCAGCAGCAAGGGAUGUGAUUGGUUCAUCACGGCUCACCUUCACACGUCUGAUUUCUUUAGGUAAUAAAGGCUGCGGCGUGUGGGUUAUGUCGUCCAGCCUCCCGCAGCUCCUGGGAAACUACAUCCUCCAUAACUGUAUGUACGGGCUGGCGGUGUUCUGCCGGAAGGACCCGGGGAGCGUCGAGUCCCGGGAGGGGAGCUGGCCCGGUCAGGACGGGGUCGGCGGAGAUGCCGGCGUCGGAGAGAGGAGGGGGGUGGAGGGAGAGGGACGGGAGGGACAGGAGAACUUCAACGAAGAGGGCGAGCUGUUCGCCUGGGAGAGCGACCUGGACAGCGAGGACGAGCGCCACUCCGCUCGCCGCUCCAUCAGCGUGGCCCUGGUGGAGGGCAACUGCGUGAGCCACAACGGAGGUGCUGACCGGUCCCGUCCAGUCGGAUUCAAACACCGGCUCUGUGUCUCAAACCUUUCCCCCCCAACCCCUUCUCCGCCUUUUGUUUCCGCAGCGGUGGGCCUGUACGUGAAGAGCAGCGAGGCCCUCAACGUGUUCGCCAACCUGGUCAACGGCAACCGGGGCCUGGGCGUGGCCGUGCUGCAGAGCAGCCAGCUGACCCGGCUGGUGACCAACUGCGUGCUGAAAAACAGCCGCGGCGGCGUGACGGUGGAGAAGGACUGCCGGGUGGAGCUCCGCGGCAACGGCGUCUACGACAACGGCGGCCACGGCGUCCGGUUCAGCGGCAGCGGGCAGAUCGUGGAGAACGACGUGGUCGGGAACACUGGAUACGGCAUCCAGGUGUCGGCAAGCACGGAUGUCAAGAUAGUGCGCAAUCGCGUGCAACCCGCACAGGGCUGUGGCAUUGCUCUGCUGGGGCCCGUAAAAGGUGCAGUGCAUGAUAACAUCUUGUUCCAGGGCCACCCAGAGAACAAAAAAACCCUGCUGCACAUGGACCCUGGCAACGAGAGCUGCGUGUUGUGCAACAACAGCAUACUGAGGCACAAUAGCAGCUCUACACCCGCUCCUGCCUGGAUUUUGAAAAACCCCCCUCCUCGCCCACUGGCCAGCUCCCAUCCCGGCCUGUCCUCGUCCCAGUAUCCCUCCAGACUCGGCAUUUCCAUGACUGCCAGGGUCGGCGCCACGGUAGAAAGCGGCUGCCACAGCGGCAGCAUGUUCUGCUCCAUCCUGUGA